GGUUUCAAUAUGGCGGCCGAAGUGUCUUGUGAAAUACUAUCGUGAACUCCUCUUCAAAUUGGCGGAAUAUAUGUGUUUAAGAUGCCACUAAUAAUCAUGUGUGGAUUUCCUUGUUCUGGAAAGUCAAAAAGAGCACAGGAAUUAAGGAAUUACUUGGAAAACAGGGGGAAAACUGUCUAUUUAGCGAGCGACGAAAGUAGCUCUUUGGACAGAAAUUCUGUGUAUUCAGCCUCAGCAAAUGAAAAGGAAGCAAGAGGUCUUUUAAAGUCUGCAGUGGAAAGGCUUAUUUCAAGAGAUGAUGUAGUUAUUUUGGACUCCCUCAAUUACAUAAAAGGUUAUAGAUAUGAGUUAUACUGUGUUGCAAAGGCACACAAGACCACACAUUGUAUAGUGCAUUGUGACACUUCUAAAGAAAUCUGUUCAGAGUGGAAUAAAACAAGAGAAAGUAGAUAUAAUGAUGAAACAUUAGAUGCUUUAGUAAUGAGGUUUGAGCCGCCUGACUCAAGGAACAGAUGGGACUCUCCGUUAUUUGUCAUCCAGGUUGAUGAUGACCUUCCAUUUGAAUCUAUAUAUGAUGCAUUAAUCAACAGAGUACCACCGCCGCCAAACCAGGCUACUCAACCGCAACCUUUGUCAGCAACAAACUUCCUCUACGAGCUUGACAAAAUAACUCAAGAAAUAGUUACUGUCUUGAUAAAUUCCCAACGGACGUUUGUACCUGGGGAUCACAUCACGGUCCCGGGAACAUCGGAGAAAAUAUCCUUUUACAAAACAUACCAUGUUUUUUUCCGCUCUAAAGAACGGAAGGAUAAGCAAUUUUGGGCACUUGAGUGCCCUCGCCCAAAGAGGACUUACAGUGUCGGUAUGCACUCGAAAGAGUCGAUUCAUAUCACAAGUGACCGCUUAGUGAGUCAAUUGAUAACAAUACGGUUUUCUAAAUUUCAAAUGAUGUGCAUAUUUCCUUAACAGUUUUGUCUCCACGUUGUUCUGGAUAGGACUGCAAACAUGGCAGAAUUAAGAAAAAUACGUCGACAAUUUAUUACCUACACGAAGAUGCAUCCUGUCGAAGAUACGAAGAAAAUUUCCAAUAUGUUUGUGCAGUAUCUGA